AUGUUAGAAAUUGUUGGCCAUAGAGCUUAUAAAGGUAAGUACCCUGAGAACACAUUGCCAGCUUACGAAAAUGCUUAUAAUGUCAAUGCUGAUUACAUUGAGACUGAUUUGCAGAUGACCAGUGAUGGUGUUGUCGUUGUUAAUCAUGAUGCUGACACUGGUCGUAUGUGGGACAAAAACUUGGUUAUUGCUGAAACUUUAUACAAGGAUAUCAAAGAGUUGAGAUGCAAAACCAAUAAGAAAUUGAAGAUGCUGACGCUAGUGGAAAUGCUAGAAUGGUGUGUUGCCCAUCCACAUGCAAAAAUAAUGCUAGACAUUAAAUUCACUAAUAAGAAAGUGAUUUUAGUGAAAGCUUUUUCAGCUAUGAGAAAAGUUAAAGAUGAUAUUAAAUUCUGGCAGCAACGUAUUAUGUGGGGUAUCUGGAAGAUUGAUUGGUACCAUUACGGUGUUGAGACUGGUGUUCUAGAGAAUUUCAAGUUUAUAUGCAUCGUUUUGGAUUUGGAUACCGGCAGAGAAUUCAUUCAAUAUUCAUUAGAUUUGAACUCUCCAUCGUAUAAACUAUAUGGUAUCAGCACACAUUUCAGUUCCACGUGGACUGAUAAAUAUUUGAAAGAUAUGGUGCCACUAAUGAAAAAACAAGACAUCAAAGUGUAUGUCUGGACCAUCAAUAAAGAAAUUGAUAUUAAAUUAAUUUUACAGAUUCCAAGUGUUCAUGGUAUUGUCACUGAUGAUCCAUUGGAAGCUAGGAAACUUGUCGAGAAAUACCACAAGGUCAUCAGACCAAAGAAGGUCUUCUCGAAACCAUCCUUACUCAGUGAAGAAGGUUUCAGAUUUUACUCAUUGAAAUUAAUAUAUAGUUGUCUACUUUCAAUAGCGCUAUCCAAAUGGGCACACAUCAAAUUCUUCGAUGUCUCUUUUGUUCAACUGCUCCUGCUAUUCAUGCGCCUAAUCGGAUUUGUCUGA